CCAAGUACACCCAAAGCCAUAACCACCCGCUUCAUAAUCGUCGAUCGAGCACAGCUUGCCACGCGUGGCCGCAGUGAAAGCGUGAGCUGUCUCGAGAAAGUCCCGAUAGUGACGACAAGACCACUCGGAACUCGCCCGAGCUCUGUCCCCUCGAGCAAGCCCGUCCAAUCCGUUGGAGGAGAGGCGUAUUGGGCACCAUUUUCCAUUUUGUUUUGCCCACUUUUCCAUACACUGAACUCAUCGACAGCUUUCAAUGGUCGCCUUCUUCGAGGUAUCACACCUGCCCUCGUCGGUUUCAUUCUACUCGGCUGUGUUUCAGCCCCUGGGUCUCUUUUAUAUAUCUACAGAGGGUACGGGUUCCCCCAACACACAACACUCGGCAAAAGGCCGUGCAAUUCAGUCGCAACCCACCAUCACAUACGGCACGUCCGCGCCCUCCAAGGCUGUUUUCCAGAUUCGUGAGGUCCCGACCCCGAAACGCUCCCACGCCACGCUAUCAGCGUCAUCCAGCCAGGCCGUCGCCGACUUCGAGGCCUUUGCCAUUCGCGCACACCCAGCCAGCAUCAAGCUGCCGCACCAAUUCCCUGAGGUGAUUUCAACUUUCGGCGGCAGUGAUUCAGAUCGCACCCGUAUCCGGGAUCUUGACGGCAACAUCAUGGACGUCGUGCAUCUCCCCUCCUCUCACCAGUCCGUGCGGUACGGUGAUGGUGCGAGUAAUUCCGGAAUUCCAACGACGGAGUCGCAUCGAGACGAUGCUAGCCGUAUCCUCGACUGGAAUUACGACGUUGCCCUUUCAGAGCACCACCAUGAUCCUGCGCGCAGCGCCACGGGUGGACCGACCUCGACCUGGGCUAAGCAACCAGGCCCCGUCCCUGACAAAGAAUACACCGUACUUCGCCGCAGUGUCACAACGUCGAUCCUCGAGCAACCCCAUCGCGAGAACGGUGAUAGUGGCCUGAGCUCCACCACCAUCGUCGGAGCUUUACUGGGCGCCGCUGCCGGUGCCGCUGCUGGAGCUGCCCUCACAUACAGCUUGGUGAAAGCCGAGCGUGAGCGGGCUCCUCGACAGGAGCAGGAAGUAAUGUCGGUGCAACGCCGGGCUACAUUUCCUGAUGGCAUGAGCAUGACGGCCCCGGCGGAUGGGCGAUAUGUUGAGGUCGAGAGAACCGUCGAAAGAAUUCGGUACCCGGAGUCGUACGCUCCCCUAGCAGACCACCAGCAGCCUUCUCGUCAGCUCCCCCAAUACACCCCGGCUGAUAAUGCACUCACCUCCGGCACGGCCAAUGACUACUGUUAUGAAGAUCCACACGGCCAUCAGUCGUGGCAAGUGAAUGCAACGGGGACUGGUAGCGUCUACAGCGGCAUGGACGGCCUCCAGUCAGCUGGAGCACCCCUUAUGAUCAUGGAUGCUGAGCAGCAUAGCACCAUAGGCUCGUCACGCCACAGCACAGUACGACAACCAUCCGUACACGGCACUGUGUAUGAGACCGACCGAGAGUCGUUUGUUUCGGCUCAGAGCAAACGAUCUGUGUCGACGAUCCGCGGUCCGCCUCCGCCAACAGUCGAGACUGAGUUGAGCAUGAGGAGUAGGGCUCCUAGCAUGGCUCCCAGCAGGGCUCCCAGCAUGGCCCCCAGCAUGGCCCCCAGCAGGGCUCCCAGUAUGGCCCCCAGCAGGGCUCCCAGCAUGGACCCCCAGCAGGGUUCCCAGUAUGGCCCCCAGCAGGACCCCCAGCAGGGUUCCCAGCAUGGCCCCUAGCAGGGCUCCAAGCAAGGCUCCCAGCAGGGUUCCCAGCAGGGCUCCUAGUAUGGCCCCCAGUGCCGCAGCACAUAGCAAUCGAGAGCCAACUGUCGUCAUGUUCUCAGGCAGCACCCCCAGCCAGGUCUCUGCGAGAAACCUUGGACUGCCGACAAGCGGAAUAGGCAGUAGUCAUGCCGAUUGGGAGGACGUUAUUAGCCUCGCUCCGAGCGAUAGCAUCAGCUGUAUUGGUAGCAGGGCAAGCCGACGUCCAUAGAUAGCAGGACAGGGGCUGUUAUCUUGACCGUCAAGCCCGACGGACAUCUCAGUAACAAGUGAUGAUUGCAUGGAUCUGAAGGACUGUGAAUUUGGCCCGGGAGAUGAGCCUGGGGGUUUCCGGAAAUUUGUCA